CCAAUCAGGAGCUGACAGGAUCAGGUUUCUCUAUAACAGCAGGACCAGGUCUGGGAGUGACGGACAGACGGACACACGUCGUCUUCACCGUGUUAGGAGCUGCUCUACCUCCCACAGGUUUUUCAGUCUCCUGCCGUCAUGUCGGACACUGAGGACGUGGAACAGAUUGAAGCCCAGGAGGAGCUAGUAGAAGUAGAAGUAGCCCCUGAGGCGGAGGCCCAGGGAGAGCCAGAACCAGAACCAGAACCACAACCAGAACCAGAACCUGAGCCUGUGCCGGUGCAGCGGGAGGAAGAGGCCUAUGAAGAGGAAGUGGACGAGGGAGAUCAAGAUGAGGAGAAGCCCAAGUUCAAACCCACCGCUCCAAAGAUCCCAGAUGGAGAGAAAGUGGACUUUGAUGACAUCCAAAAGAAACGUCAGAACAAAGACCUGGUGGAGCUGCAGUCGCUGAUCGACGCUCACUUUGAGUGUCGGAAAAAAGAGGAGGAGGAGCUGAUCGCCCUCAAAGACCGAAUCGAGAAGCGUCGUGCUGAACGUGCUGAGCAGCAGCGGAUCCGAGCUGAGAAGGAUAAGGAGCGGCAGAACCGGAGGGAGGCGGAGAGGAUGAGGAAGGAGGAGGCCGACGCCCAGAGGAAGGCCGACGACGAAGCCAAGAAGAAGAUCGCACUGAGCAACAUGGGCUCGGGUUACAGCAGCCACCUGCAGAGGGUGGAAGGAAAGAGAGGGAAGAAGCAGACGGAGAGAGAGAAGAAGAAGAAGGUUCUGGCAGAGAGAUGCAAACCUCUGAACAUCGAGAACUUCAGCGAAGACAAACUGAAGGAAAAGGCCAAAGAGCUGUGGGAGUGGCUGCACAACCUGGAGGCCAUUAAAUACGACCACCUGGAGAAGUUCAAGAGGCAGAAGUAUGAGGUCAUCUCUCUCCGGAACCGCAUCGACGAGCUGCAGAAACAUAGCAAAAAGGGAGCGGCCAGCCGUCGCAGAAAGUGAACAAAGGGACGGAGGAACCCGAGAACCCAACAUAUGCCUCGGCGACACCUGCGCUAGUUCUGCUCAAAUACGCAAAUCCAACGUCUGUCACUAUGUUUGUGGAAAUACAACACAAUAAAAAGGCAGAUUCAAGUCCCA